GGCCGAUAGAAAAUGGCGAGUCUGUGCAAAAGGCAGCAAUGCACGAUAGAGAGGCGCGGCUUUCGGCAGGAACUUGACUCUUGGAGGCACAAACUCAUUCACUGUGUAGGAUUUGAAAGCAUCUUGGAAGGUUUGUUUGGGCCUGGACUAGUCAAAGACAUCACUCUUUUUCAAGAUUGCGAGCCCGAGGAGGUGGCUGACUGGUCCCUGGAUGAAAACUGUCUCUUCUGCUGCCUGAGACCAGACAAAGUCAAGGACCACAGUGUAGACGGCCCUGGGGCCCAGCUGCUCUCUCCCUGUGAGGACUCCAGAAUCAGCCGACUGGAGAGACAGGCCCAAGACUUCCUCAAUGCUGUGUUCCACAGAAAAGACCUCCCAAGUUUCUCAGACCCUCACAUUCCUCUAGUGGCUCGUGAGAUUAUGCAGCGAAUGAUCCGCCAGUUCGCUGCCGAAUAUACCUCAAAAACUACUCAGGACGACCUGCCGCUGCCCAACGGCACCAUGAAGGACCAAAGCCUGUCCCCUUCCUCCUCCGCCUCCUCCUCUAGCCCCUCCCCUGUGCCUGGCCCCGCCCUCAGCCCCAACGGCACCACCUCAGACGGGCCACAGGGGGGCACUGCUGCCUCUGCACAGAACCCCGUCCUCAGUAAACUCCUCCUGGACCAGGACACGCCGCUCGACCUGACCGUGAAGAAGAGCCCGGUGGAGCCCCCACCUGGUCAGCAGGAUGGCGUCCUGGAUCUCUCCACUAAGAAGACCCAGAGCACAGGGAGCAGUCGGCCCUACUCUGGGGUCAGCCCUGCCCCUGUGCCUGUGCUCAAGAGUCGCUCUCUGAAAGUGGAGGAUGUGGAGGAGGAGGACGGGCUGUUGCCACGGAGCCUUCACGACCCCUUCGCCCCCAACAACAACACCAACAACCACCACCACUCGUUCAAACCUCCGCCUCUCGCCCGCUCGCUGCGCAUCAGAGAAGAGCUCCUCAAUCAAAAGCACUGCCUCCUCAACCAGCCCUCUGCCCUCUCCCUCUCCAACCUUGAGUCUGCAGCGCUGCUCAAUCACUCCAACCAACCCUCAUCUCUUCUGGGUGCUAAGGGCUCCUAUUGGGGGAGCAAGGCCCAUCUGGAGAGUCUGAUGAAAUUGAAGCAAGCGAGCAGCAUUCUGAGUCUCAGCGAUCUUAAGGAUUUGCCAAGCUUUUUGGAAAACCACCACCAUCACCAACAGAAUCAAAAUCACCACCAUCACCACCAGGGGGCGUACUACAAGAGCGCCCUCCACUCGCACCACCACAAUCAGCUGUCCAAAAGCCAUCACGGAGAAAGUAAGCGCGAGCAAGGCCACUCCCCUCCAGUUGAUUUGAAGAUUCCCCAAGUUCGUGGUAUGGAUCUGUCCUGGGAUUCGCACGCUUCGGAGCUGUACGGAUACGGGUCGCUGGGGGUUGGAGGAGCAGGGGGUCACGGAGAUAACAGCCUAAGCCGAAAGCUGCGAGCCAUCUUACCCAAGCAGAAUCGCCGAAGCCUGGGGAGUCUCCUGGAUGGGGCGGCCGACUAUUGGACCGCUGAUUUGGAUCACAACGCAUCCGGUCCUGCCUACUCGACAUCCGACGUGGAAGGGGACCCCAAUUCGAAACAACCCCGGAAGAAGCGCGGAAGGUAUCGCCAGUACAAUAGCGAAAUCCUAGAGGAAGCGAUCGCGGUGGUUAUGAGUGGCAAAAUGAGCGUAUCCAAGGCCCAAAAUAUGUACGGGAUCCCACAUAGUACCCUAGAGUACAAGGUGAAAGAGCGCAUGGGAACACUCAAGAACCCCCCAAAGAAGAAGCUGAAGCUGAUGAUGAAGAUGGAGGGGGGAGGAGAUGGCUUUGCGAAUCCCGAAUCGGAGAACACGCCGCUGGCUACACCUCGUGAGGAAGUCCCCCCAUCUAUGGCCUCUGUGGAGCUCAAGGACAAUGUCAAGAUGGAGAUGGAAGACAAUUUCAAACCAAUCGACUAAAAAAAUGACUUAAACACAUGUAAACCUCAGUCAGAAUAAUUUUAAAUGGAUGGGGCUUUAUUUGUGCCAAUUUCCUUUGCAGUAUCUGGGUGAGCACAAAUGCAGGGAUUAUAAAAGAGAGGAGGAUGUUUCAAAUCUAACCCAUUGGAGACUAAUCGGAUGGUUUUUAACUGUGGUGAAGAAACACUUUGAGCGUUUGUUGGGCUUUCAUUUGAAUGGGCUUAACAAAUGCAGCUAAAGACAUGAGUUACAUGACAAUUAUGAGAAUCUUUACGCAUGCUGAUAAUCCCCCUUGCCCAAAAACUGACCCCUUCUUAACAAACUUGAUACACUUGAACCGAUGCUGCUUAUUAGAUGCAGUUUGGGCUUUGGACCAAUCCAAUUUAGGGGGGGAAUUUGGGAUUAUAACUCUCUCCUUAAAAAAAACUCCUCUAAGCACCCCUAAAUCUUUCGUACUCUUUCUGCUGGGAAACUAGCAGACAAUUGGUAAGUGAACCAUCUCCUGUAUUUCUCACCGGGGUUGUGAAUGAAAAAACCCAUCUUCUAUUACCAGGUAGCCAUGAUGCUUUAAUUGCAAAGCUUUUUUUUUUUUCCUCCUUAAAGAUAUUCUGCUAAUCUUUGUGUGGACGAAAGCAACAUUGACCCGUCCUUUUUGAAUGAGAAACGUCACACAUUCAGGGAUGCAUGUAUGUGAGUUUCGUAUAGAUACUACUGACUACUACUUGUUUUUCUCUACGACUAUUUUCCUUCUUGAUCUUCUCAGUUUUUGGAUUUGUUUUGCUUUCUUUUGCACUACACUUUGGGUCUCACAGACCAGGUUACCUCGGCAUCGUUGCCCUAUUGCAUCAUGCACUUAUAUUGGUCUGUCUCCGAAACCCUAGUCACUACACUGCAAUGGGUUUGGGGUGCACACUUCCUCCUAGUUUGCCGAUUCGUACUUAGACGCUCUUUUUGCCAAGGGAUCAUUUGGGGAGCAGUCCAACUACGCAUCGGCAUUGUUCAGAGGGUCACCCACUAUUCUCUUUUUCAUAUUUUAUUCACGUAAGCCAUAUUUUUACAGUAUGUCAUCAAAAUUAAAGCUAUCAAAAUGGCCACUUACAUCCGAAUACAGACUUUGUAUAUAUGCAUUUUCAAUUACCUUACCCACAGUUAUUACUGUUGGUUCUUCCAUAAUCAUUGAACCUAGUUAUUGUGGAGUAUCACAUAUUCAAAAUUUUAACUUAAGCAAAUUCUGCUUGUAUCUACAUUAGUUCAACAAAAAUAAUUGUAAAUCACUGUAUAUUUAAAAGUAACAAUGCUAUUUUGUUGCCUUUUAUCCUUUUUUAGGCUGUAUAUUUGCUUGCUCAAUACAUAGACAAAAAUUACCAAAAUUAAAUAGUCAAAUCAAGUCAUCAAAAUCUUAUAAUACCCCCAUGACAUUUAACACCACUCAAAUGCUCUUCAUGUCAUAAAGAAAAGUGCAAAGACAGCAUAGUGGGUGACCUUUUAAGGUGGAAUGCUACCUCAGACCUCCAUAUUGGUCUCACGGCUGAUCCUCGAAUGCGGAGCCGCCUUUAGUUCACUGCGUGGGAUGUAUUCAAGCCUUCUGGGAUCAGACUGUGAAACUCUGCUGCUAUCAGUACAUUAGGUCCUAGCUUAGCUUCAGCUAGCCCUAAAACUAAUGAGAUGCUUAUCUUUAGCUAACAACAACACACUGCAGAUGAUAAUUUGUUUUUUCUUUUUCUAAUCAAACUAAGGUGGUUUAUAACUCCUCUUCCUCAAAGACAGUUGUUCAGGCAGUUUACAACAAUAUGUGCAUUUGAAGCAAGCCGAUUUCCC